CCGCAACGCAACCAUUGAAACAAACAUGCAGCAGCAGCAAUGGCUCCCCGCCUUUGUCCUCUAGAUUCUUUUCAGAUUCCAUUUUCCCCCAAAUUCAAAUCCCCCUUCUAAUCUCUCCACCGGCGGUUCACCGUUCGUAGCCUCUCCUCCUCCGCCGCCGCCGCAGCAGCAACUAUGAGGCUAUGGCAGAGAGCCUCCGGUGCCUUCAAGGACCACAACAGCCUCUGGCAGACCAAUCUCUCCUCCCGCUGCACCUGCACCACCGCCACCGCCGCCGCCUUCCGCAACCUCGACAUCGAAAAAGCCGUCAUCCGCUCCACCUCUCACUCCGAUCUCUGCUUCAACCGCCGCAGCGUCCACCGCGUCUGCGAAUGGCUCCGCCUCUCGCCGUACAACCUCGUCCCGCUCCUCCAAGCCGUUUCUCGACGAAUGUCGAAAACGAGAAAUUGGAUAGUUGCGUUGAAAGGACUCUACCUGAUGCACAGCGUGAUCAAUUCUAGAUUGCCCUGCGUCAAGGCGAUCGGACGGCUGCCGUUCGAUCUAUCAGAUUUCAACGAUGGAUAUUCCCCCAAGGCCAGAUCCUGGCCGUUCAACGCUUUUGUUAGGGCUUAUUACGCCUUCCUCGAUCAGAAAUCGGUUAUUAUUUUCCUGCAGGGGAGAGAUGUUAAACGCCGCGGCGGCGACGGCGACGGCGACGAUUCGUCGUUGAUUGCCGGCGAGCUUGCGAUGCUGCAGAAAUUGCAGGCGUUGAUAGAUCUGUUGUUGCAAAUCAGGCCGCAAUCGCGAGCAGCUUUCGUUCCGAUUGUCCUCGAGGUCAUGGAUUGGAUCAUAAUCGAGAUCUACGAUUUAUACAGCAGGAUUUGCCGCGGAAUCGCGCUUGUUCUUCUGAACAUCUACUCCGGCGGCAAGGCGGAGGCGAAAUUGGCUCUGAGUGUCGUACAGAAAGCGAAUCAACAAGGCGAGGAUCUCUACCAGUACCUCCAUUUUUGCCGGAAAUUAGGUAUUUCUCAUUCCUCUGCUUUUCCGGCGGUCGAUCCGAUUCCGAAGGACACGAUACACGAACUCGAGCAAAUCAUCAACCGAUUUUCGCACGACGAAGAGGCGAAGCGCAAUCACAGCAGUGAAGAAGAAAUUCGCCAUUUAACAUAUGGUUUUAACGUCAAUGGAAGGUCUUCUUCUUCUUCUUCUUCUUCACAGAGGGAUCAGCCAUUGAAGGCAAUAAUCAGUGGUAAAUGGGAGAAAUUCGAGGAAGAAACGGUGCGCGAUGCAGAAAUUCCUGAUUUGAUCAGCUUGUAAUCAAUCAAUUAAUCGGGUAUGCACAAUCUAAUUUAUUUAUUGUUCAUCAUCAUCAUCAUCAAUCAUCAUUAUCUUAAUUAUUGGGUUUUCUUAAUCAAGAACAAAAAGGGGCAUCAAUAUCUGAAACAGGAGACUAAUUAAGGGUAGAGUAGAUGUGAAUUUGCUUGUUGCAUGUUUUUCAGAAAGGUUCAUCUUUCUCACUAUUUUAUAUUCGUUUUUAUUGUUUCCUUCAUCAUUUUUCUAUACUAUACUCAUCAAUAUAUAUAUCUCUCUCUAU